AUGUUUCUUGUACUUAAUGAACUCAAGAAUGUGGGUGAAGACAGACUCGCAAACUUCAACGCUUUGAAAUCAAUUAUAACGGAUAAUGAGAUUAGAAUUAAUGAAAAGAAUCAACCCAGAAGAACUGCUCAGAAUGUUGCAAACUUCAUUUUCGUAACUAACAACGUUUACCCUGUCAAAAUUGAAGUUGGAGACAGAAGAUACGUAGUUUUAAGAGUUAAUGGUAAAUUCAAGGGUCAGCAAUUUGAUUAA